AGAGAAAGAGAGAGAGGAGAAAAUCUCUUGGCGAGUUAGUGGAGCAUAGAACCGACUGUCUAAAGUAGUAUGACCGAGUGUCCAAUUCUCUCUUGCCUCUGUGCUCCCCGGAUUUCCAUACGAUCGGAACUCCAACUGGUGCUUCUGCUAGUGCUUGACAGAUAAGAAAACAAACCACAGUGGAUCUAAACUCCACGCUGGCAGGUGUCUGCAGAAACACGAGCUCCCUCUGAACUUGACAGCAAAACACACACUCUCUGCUUUUAAACAUUGCCCCCACGGGUCCUAGUGAAUUAUUAUAACAACGUCACUCAUCUCUCUUCCGCACGCAAACUCCCGGUGUCUCCCUCUCCUUCACACACUCCGCACAAAUGAUCGGUACCAGAACCACUCUGAAUUCACCAUGGCACAAAAGCAGUCAAAAUGUACAAUCGGAUAGCAACGUUGAAUUCGGGAAUCUACACAUUUUUAACAGCACAGAGAGAGAAGAGCUGCGCGGUAAUUGUACAGUAAAACACGAGUCCCUCCCCUGUCAAAUGCAUUUCUCCGCCAAGUGACAGGAAAGAGGGGGAAGCAGCGUUUUCACAUGAUGAAGUGAUGACUAAUUAAGGCAGGAACAUCUGGGCUGCCGAAGGCACCUGCAGACGCCGCCAGUCCGCUGCACAACAACCGUGAUGACCAGCCCGCCUCGCCCUCUUACUAUAUUAUCACCAUUAUUAUUAAGAUUAUUAUUAGAGGGAAGCCCGGUGAAUACGGGGAAUGUGGAACGGGCUCCGAAUGCGCCUCGAAGAAGUUGGAGAGCGAGAGCGAGAGCGGGAACGGCGGGAGGGGGAGCGCGAGGGACAAGGAGAGAGGGACGGAAAGAGGAAUAAAGAAAGAAAAGAGCGAAGGAGGACGGAGGGAACGAGUGAGCGCGAAGGCACGUAUCCUGCCUACAAAUUAACGCCGCAAUCAUAAAGUGUGGCUGCCGACGCCUUUCCUUUCUUUCGCUCGCCCCUCGGUGACCGGCGGCCCCGGGCUCCGGCGGGGAGCUCCGCCGCGUAAAUCCACUCUUGUUAAUUAUUCAGGGGCAGGAAUCGGCUCACUGGCCCUCACCGCCGCCCCGUUUCGACACCUCGGCGGCCGCAGCGCCGAGCGGGGCUGUUCGCGGGCAGAGAGGGGCUCUACGGAGCGCAGAAACGCAGCCAGUGUGACACGGAAUUGAAUCCGUCAACGUUUCCUGUCAGACUCGCCGAGGAGGCGACGGGAGACACGGACGGAGAGACCAACUACAUCUCGUCGCGCCCUUUCCCGUCGCCUCAACAUUUCUCCUCUCGAAAGGAAGCAAUACGGAGCUUCUGCGUUUGCCGGAAUACCUGUUUCGGAGUAGGCAGAUUUUUUUUUUUUUUUUAAACCCCCUUUAAAAAAGGGAAAGUGGUACAGCAGUUAGCCAAGAGACCGUUGAGUGAACACUAAAAAUCCUCCGCACGUCCGUUAGUGGGUUACGCGGGAGCGGGAGCGCGAGCGCGAGUGUGCGCGCGCUGGAAGGGAGCCACGCGCCGCGCGAAUCCGAAGGUGUCAGUGAACCCGCCGGAGGAGACAGGACACGAAACGCAUGUUUCUGGCAUGGUGCCCCCGCCCCAGGUGUGCGUCUCAACCCUGGUGACGGUGAGCACAAUGAUGGUGGUGGACCUCUACUUACUAGAGCAGAGCAUGAUGGGGGCUAAGUGGAAGGCAGGCCCAGCAGUGUGGCCCUCAGUAGCUGUGCUCCUGGGCGACCUGUGCUUCUUGCUAGCGCUCCGCUUUGUCUCAGCUGGCGUGGCAUCAGAGGCACGGUCGCCUCGCCGUGGCUUUGCCAAUGCCCUCUGGUUCCUCUUCCUUUCUCUUCUCCAGCUGAAACUCUUCUUCAUCUGCCAGAACUACCGGCAAGAGCGCCGGCCCCCUGACCCCCUUGCGCGAAAGACUCUCACCCUCCUCCUCUCCGUGUGCCUGCCGUCCCUCUUCUUGGUCCUGACUGGUGCCGACCACAUGACUCCUCUGCGCAGGAAGCAAGAGGCACGCAGCCGGCUACUGUGGGUGGUGGUGGACCUGCUAGAUGUGUUGGACUUACAGGCAGGACUAUGGGAGACCCAUGGUGAUGUGAAGGGGCCCCUCUGGUUGGAAGGCCUAAUGUUCUUCUACUGCUAUGUCCUGUUACUGCUGUUGCCCUGCGUCUCGCUAACGGAGCUGGGAAGCACCGCGGCACCAGGGGCUGAGCAUGGCACCCGCAGGGGGGCAGUCUAUCCCUGGCUGAGCCUCAUCACCGUCAACAUCCUUACGCUGUUCCUGCGGGGUGCAGGUGUCCUGUGGUACCGGGAUCCCCGUGUCUCCACAGUCUUCCUAGGCAAAAACCUCCUAGCAAUGGCUGUCAAGCUGAGCUCAGUAUGGGAGAAACGCAAGCAAAGGUCAGCAGGAGAGGCAGCUGGACCUGGCUACAGGAGCACACAUCUGGGGGCAGGACCUGAGCGGCUGGAGUGCCGUGGCCAUGUGCAUGCCCACUUGGCCCCAACGUCCACACAGUGCAACACCCUCUCCCGGGCACACAGCCAUACAGCCUCUCUGUCUUGCUCACAUGCAGAGCCUACAGACGCGAGUCUGGGAACAUCUUUUAUCUCACAUGAGCUGUAAACUGCCUCCUGGCCCUGACCUGGGUCUCACCUAUAAAGGUCAGUCACCAGCACCCUCCAGGUUUGGAACUGGACCAUUACAGCAGUACCUCCUUCAAUUUGCUCACUCAUUGUUCUAAAGGCUGAUUUAUUAACUCUGGAACAAAGAUGACAUUUUCAAGCCAGGGUCUAUUCCCGGUUGGCGUGGCGAUUGGCUGGGAAGUAGGGGCAAACACCAGGGUUUCGCCUAUGAGCAGGAAAGCUGUACCCUGCCAUUCAGUCCCUACUGAGAAAUGAACCCAUACUGUUGUGUACUGUGAAGCGUGAACACUGCCGCUCUGUCACAGAUAUUCAUAUCUCGAGUUGUAUUGCUUCAUUUUAAUAAAAUACUGGUUACUGACCCACUUGCACACACUACUUCCUAGAAGCAGUGGCCACCUCAAACCGCAACAUCUGACCUUAGACCAAACGAUCAUGUGGCCGGCUUCCAUGGAGCCAAAGUGGCCACAGAAUUGAGAACACGGAGCUCAAACAAACUGAACGAAUUUGUCUUAAUCAAAAACUAAAAGACUGGAGGGAAUAUAUAAGGACAUAAGCAGACUGCGUAAUAAAGUUUUAACACAUGUUUGAGGCCUCUUUUUUCCCCCCCUUCUUCAGGGAAUCCACAAGUCACUGGUAAACAUGCAGAAUUAGUGCUGAGCUGUGAAAACUAAUCACAAUUACAGUAAAAACAACAGCUGUUAAGCUCCUAUGGUUUCCCUGGCAGUAAAGCACUUCCCCUUGGCCUGACCACAUGCUACGGUGGGGGUGACCGUGGACUCAGGCAGAAUCUUUGUCCUGAUUUGGAUGGCAGAAGGGGGUCUAUUUAAUCUCCAUCAAGUCACCACUAAUGCACUCCGCACACCCUUCCCCUCUCCCAUGAACCAUUAAUACUUGGAUUAAUUGAUAUUGGACCCAUUUGUCAAAAUACUAAGAGCUCAUAUCAGUGAUUUACAGUAAA